ACUAUAACCGGAAGCGUUAGGGGGCGCUAGUCGUUAGCAGUGCGCGAAAGAAGAAGAAAUAUUUGGCACUGAUACAAAAAUCAAAAUAAUAGGCUACCGAAAGUGGUUAUUGUUUAUAUUAUUAAUUUUAACUGAAAAUCAUAAACCGUGCACGUCCUUCUAUGGACCACAGAGCUAGAAAAAGGAUUAGAGAAGCGAAAUCGAGAGCGAGACCAGAGCUAAGCGGUGAAAAAAAUGGCUGGUACAAAUACAACUUUUGCAACAAGUUUGACCUGAGCCUCUCACUGGUCAAGGACAAUGUGAUUCGUGUAGAUGUUUCCAAAGUUAGCCAUGCAGAAUUUGUGGAAAAGUAUGAGAAAACCUAUGUACCGGUGGUCCUCACAGAAGCACAGAGUAGCUGGGACGCUCAGAGGAAAUGGUCCCUUGAGCGAUUAUCAAAGAAAUAUCGCAACCAGCGUUUCAAGUGUGGUGAGGAUGAUGAGGGAUAUUCUGUGAAGUUGAAGAUGAAGUAUUUUGUAGAUUAUAUGAAGAACAAUACAGAUGACAGCCCACUGUACAUAUUUGACAGCAGCUAUGGAGAGCAUCCCAAGAGAAAGCGACUUUUAGAGGAUUAUGAUGUGCCCAAUUAUUUCAGUGAUGACUUGUUCAGUUAUGCUGGUGAAUCUCGGAGACCACCAUACAGAUGGUUUGUGAUGGGCCCUGGGAGAUCAGGAACGGGUAUACACAUAGACCCCUUGGGAACCAGUGCUUGGAAUGCCCUUGUGAAUGGAUACAAAAGAUGGUGUCUGUUGCCAACAACGACCCCGAAGGAGAUGCUGAAGGUGAAGGCUGAAGAAGGAGGAAAGCAGCGGGAUGAAGCAAUCAGCUGGUUUACACAUGUCUACCCCAAAACUCAGAGUCCGUCCUGGCCAAAACACCUCAAACCGCUAGAAAUUCUCCAGUGUCCAGGGGAGACAGUGUUUGUUCCUGGGGGCUGGUGGCACGUGGUCAUCAACCUCACAGACACAGUAGCCGUCACACAAAACUUCUGCAGCGUCACCAACUUCCCGAUAGUGUGGCACAAGACUGUGCGGGGUAGACCCAAGCUGUCCAAGAAGUGGUACAAAGUACUGAAGAGGGAGCGACCUGAGUUGGCUGAUGUGGCUGAUGCUGUAGACCUCAAGGAGCCAACUGGUUUCAACUCUGACAGCUCCAGCUCUGCCUCCAGCUCCAGCUCCAGCUCCAGCUCGGACAGUGACUCCGACUCUGACUGGGAGAACACCAGCAAGAGACGCAAGGUCACCAGAUCAAGGUCUCUUACCCCCAAUGGAAGCAAGCAGCGCCGCACAUCUCCACAUCGCAGCAGCAAGCGGCGGUCAAGUUCGAGUUCAAGAUCUUGUGAUAGUCGUGAAAAUGAUCAUUCACAGAGGAGCGUCUCAAGCACACCCAAGAACUCAAGAUGACAGGGUUGACGAGUACUAUCCACUGACAUUACCUGGUGCUUCGUGACAGCCAACCAGAUGGCCCAUGUCCUUUCUGCUAGCAUUAGGAUCAUAUCGUAAACCACAGGCUUGGAAAAACUGCAAUAUUGUGUCUGUGGUGGAUAAUCUUUCUCUUUGAAGAUACUUUAUCUAAAUGUUAUUUUUGACCUUGUAUGAAUAACAAGUGUAAAUAUAUGUUUUGGGUAUGCAAAAAAUGCAGGAUAAAAUUUACCUGUCAAGUGUUUUUUUAACCUUGUUGAGUGCUUGGUGUAAUUCUAUCACAGAAGUAAUGUUUGCUUAUUGGUGAGAGUAGUUUCAUGGUAAAGACAAUUGUGGCAGUCAAUACUUAUACUUGUUUCUUCUGGCUAGGUCGUGGCCUUUGUGUUCUUUAUUUUACCAUGUUUGUAUUGCGUCACAUCUUCCCGAGGCAAAGGUGUUAAAAAGUCCAGUUUCCACGAUUGCCAAACUAGCCUGGAAGUUCAUGGCUCGAUAGUAGCGCCACCCUUGGCUUUAACGAGUUUUGUCCCUUCUAUGUAACUCCUAUUACCAAUCAGAUUCUACCUCUCAUAUCACUUACAUUUGCUUUUGAGAAAGUGGGAGCACCCUGUGAAGACUGUCUGAUUGAUAAUCAAAAUCUAUUUUUUAAUAAAACAUGUCUUACCUUAUGAGGUGCAUCAAAGCAUAUCAAACUAAUGAAAAGAUUUGGAAAUGUCUAACGACUCCCAGUUUGUGGUACACAUGCUUUGUAAAUGCUGCCGUCAACCAAAUUCUGCAUGGCAGUCACCAUGUUGUAAAUGAAGCGGGUUGAACAAAUCUUUUUGUUAGGCUUACCAAAAUAUAAUGAAGAAAUUCCAGGCUAGUUCAGCAAGGGUGGUAACUGGACUUGAAUAGUCAGUUACUUCCUUGCCUCAGGAAGAUGAUCUGGUCACUGAUGUAUAUUUCCUUCCUCGGUUGCUUUAUAAAGUGGCAUGUGCUGGUCAUUGUCAUCCUCACUGAUUCCACCUGUGGUGUGCCUGACAUUGGUGUGUGGUCAAUCACUGACAUCCGUAACGCAUACACAAUGCAUACACAAUGCAUAUCAGGCUAAAAUCACAUUUUGUUGUGUCUGUUUUAGUUGUGGUUUAUGUUUGUUACAUUUCCAACUUUAUUCCUCUGCAUGCCUGCUGAACUACUUGAAGGCUGCCAUGUCUCAUCCAUGUGUAGUGACAUCCUGGCCAUAAGCAUGGCACCAGUUUCUCCUGCUCUUGUACAAGAAGAAAGGAAAAGCCAAAUGUUAAUAUCCCUGCUAUUCUGAAAUGAGAAAGGUGUUAUUUUUCUUAAAUGAGAAGGGGUUAUUUCUGAAAUAAAAUUUGUUUCUGUAAAAGUUAUGUCAGAAAUAAACCAUAAUCUCACAUUUCCUGUCAGGUUUGAAUUUUAGGAAUCAGGAUAACGAUAUCAUACAAUAAAGUGUUUUUUUCUCCUUGAUAAUUAAUUCCUUUUCCCAUCUUACACAUAAGCAUACAUGUUAAGAAAAAAUAAAUGAAAAUCAUCCUGUAACCUUGGAAACAUGUUGAAUGUACUUAGAUGUCUUGAUUAAACCCAGGAUUUUAUUUAAGGACAGUGCGGAUUUGAUGUGAAAGUGCCUGUCAAAUUGCUGGUGGAUUAUAGACUUUUCAAUUUGUGGUUAGGUUUGAAAAUUAUUGAAUUGAUUUUGCUUAAACCAAAAAUUGAAGACCUUGUUUCUUAGCCUUUUUUUAUUACAUAAUAUGUGCUGUGUAUGAAUACAUUAGCUUUUGUAAUUAGUUCCAUUCAAUCACAUGCUUAGGAAAUCACAUUUCCAGUGUCUUUGCAAAAUUGGGAUAGUGGGUUAGUUUGUUGCAAAUGUACAUGGAAAAAAUAAUGAUAUAGGUAUUUUUUUCAACAUUCAUUCAAUUUUCCUUUUUUGAGAAAUGACUUGUACAAUAAUAGGUGGGAUUAGAGUUCUGGGAAUGUCAAACUUUAAUUUGGUAUGAACAUAAUUUGACCUGUUCACAUGACUGACAACUAGCUUUCUUACACAUGUAAGCAUUUUACAUCCGACAUGGACAUAAUACAUAAGUAAUGCUGAUAUGUGUGAAAAGUAGGAGCAAGUCUGUCACCUAAGAUGAAUUAGUAAUGUGUGUUACAACUGCUUUUAUCAACAUCUUCUAAAAAUCAGCUUGCUUAAAAUACAUGGUCAGUAUUCUGACAUUACAAAAACCUUAUGAAUACCUUGAAAUCAGCCUUUUGACACAUUAACCCUCAUAUAUGCAUUUAGUGUUGUCCAAAACAUGAAGGUUAUUCUCUUUCAUGUAAGCACAUGUGAGCAAAAUGUCCUCUAAUCUUUGUCCUUUGCAGUUAUGUAGUCAUGCAGGUUUUGCUGUUUUGGAUUGCUUAAUUAUUUUUCUGUCUGAAUAUAACAACUGACUGUUGGUAUGUACAUUAGGUUGAUCAGAAGAUGUAUUCUGUGUAUCUCCCUGGUUGCUAUACAUCUAGAUGUUCAUGGCAAUAUGUCAGCGGUGAAAUAACAUGCUAUUCAUUCAAGCUCUGGUGACAUGGGCUAGUUUGUAAUGUUUCUAUGGUAUUUAAGUUGUGGCAAAUCAUCCACUCAGCAACCAUGGACACAGUGUUUUUUGUGUGUUCUGCAUCAGUUAGUCGAUGGAGUUUAAUGGGUGAAAACAUCUCAGCUUGUUGAGAACUAUGAACAAAUGUUGUGAAGAUCUGCUUUUGACAAGAAGUGGGCUGCUAUGACUGAAAUGGUCACUGGCUCACAUCGCAUCCAAGUUGACUUUCCCUUGGCUGGAUCUGUCUUUGUGAUUGAUGUCAGUGUCAGAACUGCCUUGUUCUGUUUGCAACCAGAUGACAGGUGUAACUAUGCCUGGUCUUGUUCUGUUUGCAACCAGAUGACAAGUGUAACUUUGCCAGGUCUUGUUCUGUUUGCAACCAGAUGACAAGUGUAACUUUGCCAGGUCUUGUUCUGUUUGCAACCAGAUGACAAGUGUAACUUUGCCAGGUCUUGUUCUGUUUGCAACCAGAUGACAAGUGUAACUUUGCCACGUCUUGUUCUGUUUGCAACCAGAU